AUGGUUCAAUUCGUAAUUACGCCCUGGCGAACGCGUCGCGAGCUUCUCCAAGUGCGCGAAAAGCUUUACCAAAAUACUGAGACAACCCCUCCUAAUGAUUCUUAUCGUCGACAAGCCGUCUGCCUCAUAUCCGUAUGGAUGCAACGAGGAAAUUGUCCGCAUCUCGUCGAGUCCUCUGCGAUCAUUACUUCGGCUAUUCUAAAUGAUGUUCCUGGAAAUUCAUCCUAUUGUGUAAGAGCUGCUUAUUCUGCUGCUUUCUGUCGUUUCGUUACAGGUCUCCUAGAUAGUCAUCAAGAUAAACGUCGCAAAUUAAGUAUGUACUCAAUUGCGAAAACAAUCGGUCUACCAGCUACAUACGUCGAACUUCGGCAUCAGGCUACCCACGAAGAACUCCCAUCACUUCCUAAACUUCGAAUAGCUGCGCGCAAAGCAUUGAAGUGGAUUUGGGAUUUUUACUGGGCAGAUUUAUCAAUCGAUGAAAAGGAUGACGAUUGCAAGAUAUUCGUACGAGGGGUUCUAGAGCGGAAGGAUCAAGGAAUAAAUCUGAAUAUGAUUAAGGAUCGACUUGAAGCCUACGGGAUAGACGAGCUUCUUCGUGCGCUAGGUGAACUGGAGGAAUCUCUAGAAGACCCAAUGACGAUAUUACAAGCGCACAAUUUCCGACAGAAGAUAUCUGAUUGGGAAGAAUCUAAAUCUCCUAAAAGGAAAAGCACAUCUGUUCCCAAUACAACCGCCCAAGAUCUUAACGAUAUCCGAGCGGGAAUGGUGAAAAUGGAACAUGAUUUGGAUACUGCCGCUGCAUCCAUACAAAUACCUAAAGACGACAAAUCUUCUGCAAAUUGUACGGAGAAAGGCUGGUCGCGCUGGGAAGGGCCGUGGGUACCAAAACCAAUAGGAGUGCUGUGAUGCAAAGAUUUGGAUUGAUGCCCAAUAUUAAUGACCACGUGCCCCGGUGUAUUAUGCCCUAGUACAACGACCAAAAGCUCAACCCUACUGAAAGAAAUCUUUAGCAUCAAGAUUGUCCUCCAUGUUGCAUGUCUCGAGCGUCGAAUAUGGCGGAAUGAGCGGAUGCUUCAAGAGUGGGGUUGAGAUGUACAAUAAUCAUCUCGUGCAGCAUAUAUUUGGUUUAAUGCUGGGGUGAUGCGCGUUGAGCAGUUUCCGUUCUCCAUAUGGAUUUGAAUGCAUUCAAUGCAAAGCACCCGGAUUGUGGCGGGUCAAGAAAGUUCUUUAUGAAUAUGAGAGUUGGCAGAGGGGCUUAUGCAUGUAAGCCAUUUCGAUAUUCCCAGUCAGUUACACCGUAUUCUUCAUGAAUAUUUAGCCAUGGGAUUAUUCUUGCUUUGUCAGCAUUAUCUCUUUACACAAUGCUACAUUCCUCAACCAGACCUUGCGAGGUUGAUAUCCUUGAGCAAGAUUCAAGAUACAUUGGUCCUUGACCAAGGGUAUACGUCAAAUGAGUAUUGCCAAAAUCCCCAAAUUGUUACUAUUUUUUAUUACAAAUUUAU